AUGAUCUCCGUGAUUUCAAUGGCAGGGAUCAGGUCCAUGCUCGUGCUUUCCCUCUCAAUCCUCCUGUUGCUGUCUUCAUCUCUUGAGAGCUCAGCUAGCACUCUUGGAACUAUUGAACCUGUAGAUGAGACCUUUAGCCAGGAAAUGAGAAAGCUAGACAUUUACGUGAAGAAGGGCGGCGGUGGGGGUGGUGAUGGCAAUGGCAAUGGCAGUGGUGGUGGCGCUAGUUAUGCAGGUGGCGGUAUCAUCUAUAUAGUUCCUAUGGGUGCCGGUGGAUAUAAGCCUAGUAAUGGGAGUCAAAGGUCCUCAACCAUCAAACCCGCCCAUCAUCACUUGCCUCGGUCAUUUUUGUUACUCUAA